UCCAGGGACGUCCCCAAGCCACGUCCAGCAACACGCUGAGUCAUCAGAAAUGCGUGCGUGCGAGGCGAGAGGACAAUACGACGAGGAGUGGCUCUCCCAGGUGGAGAUCGUGACUCACACCGGUCCACAUCGCCGCCUGUGGAUGGGACCACAGUUUCAGUUCAAGACCAUCCACCCUUCAGGCCAGACCACCGUCAUUUCCUCCUCGUCCUCGGUCCUGCAGUCUCAGGGUCCGCCUGACGCCCAGCAGCCUCUCCUGGACUUUGACACGGACACCCUGGACUUGCACAGUCUGAGGAUCCAGCCGCUGCGUUCGGAUCCAGUCAGCAUGCCCGGGUCUUCGGGGCUGCCGUCCGACCGUCAAGGACAGGUGAACAUCAUGGACGCCGGACCAGACACGUUGGACGGGUGUGGCGUGACGCUGCUGGAGGUGUGUGGCAGCUGGCCGGAGACUUUUGGCGUGCCGAGACACAACUUGGCUUUCUCAGAGUCCACGGACGAAGGUCUGAGGGAGCGUUUGGCCGACGCCAUGUCCGAGUUUCCUUCUCGCGACAUCGAGGGUUCUGCUACAGAGCUGCAGAGAGAAGGAAGCAUCGAGACUCUGAGUAAUAGUUCAGGUUCUACAAGUGGAAGUAUUCCAAGGACAUUUGAAGGUUAUCGUUCUCCUCUUCCGACCAAUGAGAACCAACCUCUCAGCCUCUUCUCCACCAACUACCCCUGAACACACACACACACACACACAUCAUACUGCACACACACACACACUAUACUACACACACACUUCUCCACCAACUUCCCCUGAACACACACACACACAUCAUACUACACACACACUUCUCCACCAACUUCCCCUGAACACACACACACACACACACAUCAUACUACACACACACACUUCUCCACCAACUUCCCCUAAACACACACACACACACAUCAUACUACACACACACUUCUCCACCAACUUCCCCUGAACACACACACACACACAUCAUACUGCACACACACACACACUAUACUACACACACACUUCUCCACCAACUUCCCCUGAACACACACACACACAUCAUACUACACACACACUUCUCCACCAACUUCCCCUGAACACACACACACACACACACAUCAUACUACACACACACUUCUCCACCAACUUCCCCUGAACACACACACACACAUCAUACUACACACACACUUCUCCACCAACUUCCCCUGAACACACACACACACACACACACACACUAUACUACACACACACUUCUCCACCAACUUCCCCUGAACACACACACACACAUCCACACUAUACUACACACACACUUCUCCACCAACUUCCCCUGAACACACACACACACACACACACACAUCAUACUACACGCACACACAUACACACUAUACUACACACACACUUCUCCACCAACGACCCCUGAACACACACACACACACACACCAUACUACGUACACACACACACACUAUACUACACACACACUUCUCCACCAAGUUCCGCUGAACACACACACACACACACACACACACACACACACACCAUACUACGUACACACACACACACUAUACUACACACACACUUCUCCACCAAGUUCCGCUGAACACACACACACACACACACUAUACUACACACACACACAACUACAAAUGUUUGUACACACACACACACACGAUGCUACACACACUAUAAAUAAAUAACACAAUAUUGCAUUUAAGUAUUAUACAAUAUUAAACAUAAGUAUUACACAUAAAUAACACACAAUAUUCCACAUAAUAAAAAUAUGAUAUUACACUUAAAUUACACAAAACUGCACAUUACACACAAUAUUACACGUGAUUAAUACACAAUAUUACAUUACAAUAAAACACAUUAUUACAGAUUAUGAAUACACAAUAUUACACAUAACACACAAUAUUAAACAUAAAUAACACAAUAGUACACAUAAAUAACACACAAUAUUACACAUAAAUAAUCCACAAAUUACAGAUAAAUAACACACAAUAUUACACCUAAAUAACACACAAUAUUACACAUAAAUAUCACACAAUAUUACACAUAAAUAAUCAACAAAUUACAGAUAAAUAACACACACUAUUACAGAUAAAUAACACACAAUAUUACACAUAGAUAAUACACAAAUUACACAUAAAUAACACAAUAUUACACAUAAAUAACACAAUAUUGCACAUAAUUAACACACAAUAUUACACAUAAAUAAUACACAUAUUACAGAUAAAUAACACACAAUAUUACAGAUAAAUAACACACAAUAUUACAGAUAAAUAACACACAAUAUUACACAUAACACACAAUAUUACACAAACAUAAUCCUCUCCCACAUGUAUGAUGUUUUCUGCGUUCACUUUCUGGACAAGAAGUAUUUGAUCCCUGCUGAUGUUGUACUACUCUCCAUCCAUGAAAAUAUGACAUCAUUUGUAAUACUUUGUACUAUCAGAGACACAAUGUACACAAACACAACCUUUAUAGUAUUCCACUGAGUAAAGUAAGUGUGUGACCUCCUAGCAAGCAGUGUAGGAAUGAGUACUGUACCUUGAAGCAAGUACUUAGUAUGUGUAGCAAAUACAUUGAGAGAUGGACAAGACUGUCAGAGAUUGUAGACCUACACAAGACUGGGAGGAUGUUACACACCUGACGAGACCACACCUUCAUGUCAAGUACUGCAACUACAGGAAACUACCAAGUACUGCAACUACAGGAAACUACCAAGUACUGCAACUACCAAGUAAAGUUCUGCAGCUACAAGAAACUACCAAGUACUACUACCACGACAAGUACUACUACAAGAAACUACCAUGUAAAGUACAACAACCAGAGGAAAUGACCAAAUAAAGUACUACAACUACAAGAACCUAGCAAGCAAAGUACUACAAGAAUCUGCUUCUCAGCAAUACUUUCUGCAAGGUUUGAGUAUGAAGUCAAAUACUUCUUUACCUGAAUGGAAUACUCAUGAGUGAAGUACACGUUGUAUUUGCAGGUAUUUGUGUGUUCUGUUGAAGUACUUGCACCAUGAGUACACACAUACUUCAAAACAGGGGAGCAAACACUUCUUUUCAAAUACUGGCUAAUACAACACAGUUUUGCUAAAUACUACUUCCAAAAUACUCCAUGCAUGAAAAGUCAAAAUGUCAAUAUUUGGACCAAAAGUAUGAAAUAUUUGAAGUAUUACAAGAAAUGUUUGAAGACUUCAAAAGUGAUCUUUUUUUCUUUGUUGUCUGAAUGACCAACUUAAUCAAAUGUUGUUAAUAAAGUCACCUCUGAUCCA